AUGGGAACCAGUUCCAAUCGAUCUAUUUCCCCCGAGUCUUCCAUAAAUAGUACUACAAGGCCCCGGGUCGCGUAUCGGGAAGGGGGUACAUGGUGGUCCCGUACUGCGGAGGAAGGAUGCAUCAUAGUCGCCUCUAGCGAUGAAUGCGUCAAAUUCCAUGAGGUGUGGAGUGGGCCGCGGAAGAGUACGGCUGGAGCCACUGGCCAGUUGGGUGGGAGUGCUAUCUUGGAAAGCUUGGAAGGGAUUGAACGGGAAGGGAGCGAGGCCGGCUCUGUUUGGCAAGCCUAG